CCUGGCAAGAACAAAGAAAUUAGAUAACCUCGCAAGAAACUGAUAGUGAAAUACACAAGUAAUGAACUAAUGAUCAUACCACCAUCCACCAGAGGUUGUUUCCAGUCAUCCAAUCCGCUCUACAAGUACAAGAGCAGAGGAACAGCUCCGGGCAGAGCAGUGUGAGUACGUGCACUCUUGAUCAACACCGGAUCGAGCAGCUUAACCCAACAUGGCGAGCAAAUGCACGGUCGACGGAGGAGCAUCGCACUGCUGUAUCAUAGCACUGAUCACGGCAUUGAUGCUUCUGAGUCACUGCUGCAUUGCUUCACCGGCACCGCCGUCGAAGCAGACGCGGCCGCCGCCGGCGCUGAUCCUGUUCGGGGACUCCAUCGUGGACCCCGGGAACAACAACGCGCUGACCACGACGGUGCGGUGCGACUUCGCGCCCUACGGUCAGGACUUCCCCGGACACAACGCCACAGGAAGGUUCAGCAACGGCAAGAUCGUCGGCGACAUCCUAGCCACCCGGAUGGGCCUGAAGCAGUACGUGCCGGCGUACCUCGGCACGGAGCUCAGCGACUUUGACCUGCUGACCGGCGUCAGCUUCGCGUCCGGCGGCUGCGGCUUCGAUCCCCUCACGGCCGAGAUCGUGUCGGUUCUCACCUUGGACGACCAGCUGGACCUGUUCAAGGAGUACAAGGGGAAGAUCAGGGCCAUCGCCGGCGAGCAGCGAGCGGCGGAGAUCGUGUCGACGAGCAUGUUCCUGGUGGUCAGCGGCACCGACGACCUCGCCAACACCUAUUUCACCACGCCGCUCCGGCGGGACUACGACCUCGAGUCCUACAUCGAGUUCAUUGUCAAGUGCGCCUCCGACUUCAUCCAGAAACUGUACGGCAUGGGCGCGCGGCGGGUGAGCAUCGCCGGCGCGCCGCCCAUCGGGUGCGUGCCGUCGCAGCGGACCAACGCCGGCGGCGACGACAGGGCGUGUGUUUCCCUGUACAACCAGGCGGCCGUGCUCUACAACGCCGCGCUGGAGAAGGAGAUCAAGCGGCUCAACGGCUCGGCGCUGCUCCCGGGUUCCGUGCUCAAGUACAUCGACCUCUACACGCCGCUGCUCGACAUGAUCCAGCGCCCGGCAGCCUACGGAUUCGAGGUGUCCAACCGAGGGUGCUGCGGCACGGGGCUGUUCGAGGUCACGCUCACGUGCAACAGCUACACGGCGCACGCCUGCAGGGACCCAACCAAGUUCCUCUUCUGGGACACCUUCCAUCUCACCGAGAGAGGCUACGAUCUCCUCAUGGCCCAGAUCAUAAAUCGCUACGGGCUAUGGUAAACAGGAUGCCACAAAACUGGACACUUCAGGCGCUAAGAUGGUACUACUACUUCAGUUCGAUGUCACUGUUGCAACUUGUGAUGUGAGAUUUUGUGGCCAUGGUCACCGAUAGUACUAUAUGUUUGGCUUUUCAACCAGACCAGCCAUUUUCAGUGGCUGAUAUAACUAAACGAACUCAAAGAAAAUGUUGUAUGCAUCUUGUCUGCCAGAUAGAAUUUCUCAAAAUAAUCUCGAAUUGAAUGGA